AUGUCAAAGUUAAUAGUAAGACUGUCGGUCUGCCUUGUCUUCCACUGCAUUUUAUAUCCACCUUGCAUUCCUGCUCCAACAUGGGACUCUGCUUCUGCUUUGAAUGGGUCUCCCAGGAACAAGCUGCUGCUCAUCUCUUUCGAUGGCUUCCGCUGGGAUUACGACCGGGAUAUCGAAACCCCCAAUCUGGAUAAAAUGGCUAAAGAUGGCGUUAAGGCGCUUUACGUCACACCGCCUUUCCUCACCAUCACUAGCCCGGCUCACUUCUCGCUUCUUACAGGAACCUACGUAGAGAAUCACGGAGUAAUACACAACAUUUGGUUUAACACAACCACUCAGGAGAAAAAGCAGUACCAUGCGGCUCAGUUCGUUGAUUCCUAUUGGGACAAUGGCAGUUUACCUAUCUGGAUAACAGCACAGAGACAGGGACUAAAAGCAGGCUCUCUGCAUUUUCCUGGCACAGCCGCAACAUACAAAGGAGAGACUGUCCAAGUGAGGCAGGUGGAGCCGCCAAUCUAUAACCACGGAAACGAGACGGAAUGGAGGCUAAACAUAGAUAAGGUGAUUGGAAAAUGGUUCCACCAACAGGACUUGGACUUUGUCUCCUUGUAUUUUGGCGAACCGGAUUUGGUCGGACAUAAAUUUGGACCGGAUUCUCCAGAGCUCAGGCAGAUGGUGCAGCAAGUGGAUCGUACUGUAGGCUACAUUCGGGAUAAGAUCCAUGAACACGAUCUAACGGAGCGACUCAACGUGAUCAUUACUUCUGACCACGGGAUGGCUAGAAUACUACCGGAUAAACAAAUUCAGAGGAUCGUCUUGUCAAAAAUCCCGGGCUUCAGCUUCAAUGAUAUUCAGUUUCAACUUCUGGAUUACGGCCCCGCUGGAAUGUUGCUUCCCAAAGAAGGUCAAUUAGAGAAAGUAUAUAAGGCUCUGAAGGGAGGCCACCCUCACCUUCACGUGUAUAAAAAGGAGGAGGUGCCAGCACGACUGCGUUAUAGCUCACAUUCAAGACUCCUUCCCCUCAUCCUCAUGUCUGAUCCCGGAUAUGUGAUAAGCGGGUUUUUACCAUUGCAAUUUAACAAAGGAGAUCACGGCUUUGAUAAUGAAGCCAUGGAUAUGAAAGCCUUCUUCAGAGCCGUGGGGCCCGAUUUUCAGAAAAACCUGAUCGUCGAUCCAUUUGACCUGGUUAACGUGUACCCGCUGAUGUGCCAUUUGCUCAGAAUUAAACCAGAACGCAAUGAUGGACACUUGGACAAAACCAAACACAUGUUGAUCCACGAGGAGAACACAGGAAGCGACCAUAAUGCUGCGGAGAGCCACGCUGAAAUGGAAGCGCCGAUAGGCUUGGCAUUCAUGAUAGGAUUCCUCUUCCUUAUAUUUAUCCUCACCAUUUCCUACAACAUGUGCAAAAGGACAAAAGCUUGAACACCCUCGAUAAACUCAUUACAUAUAACUACUGCCUCACCAGAAAGAAAUAGUCAGACAGAAAACUAGGAAAGUAAUAAAAUACAUAAAUCUGUGGAAAAUUCCAACAAAAUGCAUCUUGGGAAUUGUCCUUGCAUUGGCGGGUCCUAUGAUUGCUUGGCUGUAUUUGUAAAGCUUUGGUUGCCCCUUAGUAGCUCAUUGGGGUAACUACCCUAAUUUUUGCACGAUAAGGCGCACCUGACUAUAGGCCGCAGCCCACCAAAUUUGGCACAAAAACGGCAUUUGUUCAUAGAUAAGCUGCACUGGACUAUACGCCGCAGCUGUCCUCACUGUAUCAUGGGAUAUUUACACCAAAAGAUAUUAACCGGUAAAACUUUAUUUGACAGCGGCAUCAUACGACUGUCAAAAGACCAAAUGAAGCACCAUGAAGCUUUAAACCAAUUUGCUGCAAAGCUUUAUUGCUUCAAGAAGCUUCAUUUGGCCAUCACUGCUCCCUUGGGGGAGACAGUCAACCUCUGCUGCCAUCUGCUGUCAACACUGUUGUCAUCCAACAUGCCUCUUAGCAUACAUUGCAGCGCUACAGAUGUAAAUAACAAUAAAAAAUCAUGU